GUCGAGGGGCGGGGUCGGGUCCUGGGCCCGCCUCCACCAGCUCCUGGGAGCCGCGGAGCGCGCGGCACCCCGACGAUUCUGGGGGGCUCCAGUCAGAGGCGCCGCCCUAGAGACCCUGGGCCGGCGUCAGGCACAGCUGCGUCCUCGCGUUUGCCUGUCCGUCUCUGUGUCUGUCUCUGUGUCUGUCUGGCUGUCUCCGAGCUUGCCUCCGCUUCCAGAACUAAUCCGCCGGGACACCUUCACCCCGCGAGCUCCCGUCCCUUUCCAUGGCAGGCUACCUGCCCCCCACGGGCUAUGCGCCUUCGCCCCCACCUCCCUACCCUGUGACGGCUGGAUACCCGGAGCCGGCGCUGCAUCCUGGGCCCGGGCCGGCACCAGUGCCCGCACAGGUGCCCGCCCCUGCACCCGGCUUCGCAGUGUUCCCUUCGCCGGGCCCCGUGGCCCCCCCGGGGCCUGCUGCCCCCUUCUUGCCAUUGCCCGGGGUGCCUGCUGGCCUCGAAUUCCUGGUACAGAUCGAUCAGAUCUUGAUUCACCAGAAGGCUGAACGAGUGGAAACGUUCCUAGGCUGGGAGACCUGUAACCGGUACGAGCUGCGCUCGGGGGCCGGGCAGCCUCUGGGUCAGGCAGCUGAGGAGAGCAACUGUUGCGCCCGUCUGUGCUGUGGCGCCCGCCGGCCGCUGCGUGUCCGCUUGGCAGACCCUGGGGACCGGGAGGUGCUGCGCCUGAUCCGUCCGCUCCACUGUGGCUGCAGCUGCUGCCCCUGCGGCCUCCAGGAGAUGGAGGUACAGGCUCCACCAGGCACAACCAUCGGCCACGUGCUACAGACCUGGCAUCCCUUCCUCCCCAAGUUCUCCAUCCAGGAUGCCGAUCGCCAGACAGUCUUGCGAGUAGUGGGACCCUGCUGGACCUGUGGCUGUGGCACAGACACCAACUUUGAGGUGAAGACCAAGGACGAGUCCCGCAGCGUGGGCCGCAUCAGCAAGCAGUGGGGGGGGCUGCUCCGAGAGGCGCUCACGGACGCAGACGACUUCGGCCUGCAGUUCCCACUGGAUCUGGACGUGAAGCUGAAGGCUGUGCUGCUGGGAGCCACGUUUCUCAUCGACUACAUGUUCUUCGAGAAGCGAGGAGGCGCGGGGCCCUCUGCCGUCACCAGCUAGAGGCUGCCCCAGGGUGAAGGAAGUACCACCUCCACUGGUCACGGGCCUGGCCUCGCCCUCCUGAGCAGCAGCCCCCUUUCUUCCAAGUACACUGCAGGGGACAGAGAGGCUGGGGUCCUGGUGCCCCACCCCUCCCCUGCUCCCCGGCCUCCUCCACCUGGGGCCCCCACAGGAGGGUAUGUAUGAGAACCCAUCCCUGCCACCCCCAGCCCUGUCUCCUAGCAGCCCCUCAGCACACAGGCUUACCAGCUUUCAAACUUCCCACCCGCUCCAAGCCCUCCAAAGGCCUUUGGCACCUAGGACUCUGGGAUCUUACGACAGGGCAUGGCCGAGUAAGGACAAGCAACAGCAAAGACGGCCGACGCGGCCACCCCUCUCCUUUGUCAGCUUUGCCAAUUAGCUCAGCCUCGGACCCUGGCACUUGGAGGGGAUCUCCACCUCCCCGCCGGCAGGUGUCAGGGCUGGGCCCCAGCGCCAACUUCCUUUCCCCCUUGGGCCCUGCCCAGAGGUGCUUCCUGCAGCUUCCUGUGCCUUAUUUAACCACCCCUUCCUUGCCUUGCCCUAGGAAGGAGGCUGCAUCUUUGUAUGUUAUAUUCAUAAACACUUUGUAACUUUUUGGA